AUGGCCGACCUCAUUGAAGAAGCUAAGCGCGCUGCCGCUAAGGUCGCUGUUCAGAACCACUACCCCAAGGAUGCCCGUUGGGUUGGUAUCGGUAGUGGUACGACGAUUGUGUACGUCGUCGAGGCUAUCAAGGCUCUCGGCGUGGACACCUCCGCCACUAAAUAUGUGCCUACCGGUUACCAGUCCAAGCAGCUGAUUGUCGGUGCUGGCUUGACUGCUGUUGAGUUCGAUGGUAUCCCCGUUGGCACUGUCUUUGAUGUGGCCUUCGACGGUGCCGAUGAGGUUGAUGAGGAUUUGAACUGCAUUAAGGGCGGCGGUGCCUGCUUGUUCCAGGAGAAGAUCGUCGCUCUGCAGGCCAAGGAGUUUGUCUGCGUUGCCGACCACCGCAAGCUCCAACCCCGCCUCCUCUCAAACUGGAAGACCGUCCCCAUCGAAGUCGCGCCCAUCGCCGCUCACCGCGUUCUCCUCAAGCUCAAGGACCUCGGCAGUGUCAACCCGUUCAUCCGAGCCUCCGCAAGUGAGAAGGAAGGUCCUCUCAAGACCGACCAGGGCUUCUUCAUUAUCGACGCUCCUUUCCCACCGUUGUUGAUCAAGUCUGAUGUUGCCGCCGGCAAGGAUGUUAAUGGCAAGGAUGGCGUGUGGGCAGUUGAGGAGCUAGCUCGCAAGAUCAAUGAGAUCGCGGGUGUGCUCGAGGUCGGUAUCUUCCAUGGACAGACCGGCCCGCAGGCUACUACCGCUGGCGGUGUUGGUGGCCAGCGGCCCGUCGCAGCCUACUUCGGUAUGGCCGAUGGAUCGGUCUCCGUCCGUAAGGCUGAGUAG